AUGUCCAUGCCGGGCGACGCGACCUCCCUGUACAGCCUGCUCCACAAGGCAAAGCCACUCUGGAGCGGGCAGGACCUGGAUCUGCGGAGGGUCCACGAGAAGCUCGGCAAGAUAGACGUCCGGGACGCGGAGUCGCUGGGCCUCGCCGUUAGCGAGGGCAGGCUGAACGCGGCCUUGGCAUCGGCCGGCGAACGCCGGCUGAAGAGCUCCACGGUCGCACAGCUGAGGGUGGCAGUUCGCGACAUCCACAAGGCCAAGCAGGCGGAGCAGGAGAGCGCCUCCACCCAAGACGCUCUCGCCGGUGCUACUGCGGCGUCUGCCGCCUGUGCGCGCCGGCGUCGCGGGAGGCGUGGGCGCUCGGUCGCCCAGUGGCGCAGGAGCAGGGCCUGCCCGCGGGCUCCGCAUCCACGUGGCCGUCCGUGCGCGGGUCCACGGGCCAGGGCGUCGCCUCGAGGUCGCCGCCGCGCGACGGCGAGCGAAGGGCGAAGGGGCGGCGGCCGCCCGCCUUCCGCGGCGCGCCGCUGCCCGCGCUCCGACGCGGCGGGGUGUCCGUGUCGGCCAGCCUCGGCGCAGCGGGCCAGCGCUGGACCGCGGCGGAGACGGUGUCGACGCUGA